GGCAAUUGCAAAACUUGGAGUCGAGUCGGAUUAAUCAAUCCCCCACCCACCGAGUUCCAUCCGUCCUCCCCCCCUUCUUCAUCGCCCGAGGAAGAAGAAAGGGGACGAAGCGGAGAAGCUUCUCGCAGGGUUUCUAUCCCGUCCGUGGCCGGCGACUCCGGGCGCCAUGAACAAGCAGGCGCUGAUUUACAGCUUCGUGGCCAAGGGCUCCGUUGUGCUGGCGGAGCACACCGCCUUCUCCGGCAACUUCAGCACCGUCGCCGUCCAGUGCCUCCAGAAGCUGCCCCCCAACAGCACGAGAUCCACCUACUCCUGCGACGGCCACACCUUCAACUUCCUCGUCGACCGCGGCUUCGUGUUCCUAGUGGUUGCUGAUGAGGCGACCGGGCGGAGCGUGCCCUUCGUCUUCCUAGAGAGGGUUAGGGAAGACUUCAUGCAGCGGUAUGGCUCCAGCAUCGACGAGGAGGGGCAGCACCCACUCGCUGAUGACGCGGAAGAGGAUGAUUUUCUGUUCGAAGACCGGUUCAGCAUUGCAUACAACCUUGAUCGUGAGUUUGGCCCGAGGUUGAAGGAUCAUAUGCAGUAUUGUGUUAACCAUCCGGAGGAAAUUAACAAGCUCUCCAAGGUGAAAGCCCACCUGUCGGAGGUCAAAGGGAUCAUGAUGGAUAAUAUUGAGAAGAUAUUGGAUCGUGGUGAGAAGAUUGAGCUUUUGGUGGGCAAGACAGAGACCUUACAAUCGCAGGCUGACAGCUUCCACAGGCAUGGCAGAGAGCUGAGGCGAAAGAUGUGGCUUCAGAACCUGAGGUUCAAGCUGAUGGUUGGUGGAGCCAUCGCGGCUCUAAUUCUCAUCCUUUGGCUGAUGGUCUGCAGGGGAUUCAAAUGCUAGAGCACUCAGUGCCGCCCUCUUUUUUUUCUUUUAAAAGUGCUCGAUGUGUUCGCCGUUUCACAUGCACAGAAUGGCCACAAAAUCGUGUUUCAGUCAUUUUGUGGGUAUUGGUAUCGUGUAGCGGAUGUUGAUCCCGUGCGGUCCUUGCCGUGUUUCAUAUGAUGAUUGUAGGCAGCUGGAGUACCUGUGGUAGCUUUGUGGGAGAAGGGAUAUGACACUAUGACCAGACCUUUAUUAUCUGUACAUUCCGAAAUGCAAGCUCUUAUUAUUUGGAAUCGGGACCUUAUGUACUGGUGCCAAUAAAUAAUCACUGUAAAUGCAGAGCUCUCUUUGGUGCGUUCUCAA